AUGUUGGAGGGUGGCCGGAAAGCUUUACGGAGGGGCGCAGUCAGGAAGCCAGCAGUGGACAAGAUGUUCCCUGAGGGUGCGGGGCCUUACGUGGACCUUGACAAAGCUGGUGGAAGUACAGGUUUGUUGAUGGAUUUAGCUGUCAAUAAAAAGGCUGUACAGGCAGACUUCUUUAAUAAUUUUGAAGAUAUGUUUGAUGAUGAUGAUAUCCAGUGAAAUUCAUCUUCCUGCUGUGCUUAAAUACCUAAGUUUCUUGUAGAAGCAGACUAUAUUCCUAACAAAAGAUAGGAAAAUGUGAAUA